AUGACGGUUCAGGACUGGCAAGACAUUGCUGCGGGCAAGAAGCAGGCCGUUGAUGACUCAAUUCCUCCCGAAUGGCGGUUGGGAAAAAUCCCUAGUGUAGAAGAAGUUCGCAACGCCAGAGAAUUUAUAGAAGAGGCGCUUACUAAGGAGGAGAGGGAGAUCACUAAUCUCCCCAUUAAGGAAUUGAGUGGGAAGUUAGCUUCCAGAGAGUUAACUUCGGUUGCUGUAACUAGGGCAUUCUGUCACCGGGCAGCCUUAGCGCACCAACUUACCACUUGUUGUAGUGAGAUUUUUUUCGAUAGAGCGUUGCAAAAGGCACAAGAACUUGACGAAUUUCUCAUGAAGGAGGGUAAGACUAUUGGACCACUUCAUGGGGUUCCCAUUUCACUUAAGGAUCAGGUCAAUUUGGAAGGAAUCGACUCUGCUAUUGGGUAUGUAUCACUUGUAAACAAACCAAAGAGUAAGGAUGAAGUGUCAAACAUUGCCACCAUUUUAGAGGAUGCUGGUGCGGUGUUUUACGUCAAGACCACGACCCCCAUGGCCAUGAUGGCAGCCACUACGGUGUCCAAUAUCUAUGGAUAUACCCUUAAUGCGUACAAUAGGAAACUCACCAGUGGUGGAUCUUCUGGUGGAGAAGGCGCGUUAAUAGGCGCUCGCGGAUCGCUUAUCGGCUUAGGCACAGAUUUAGGCGGAAGUAUCCGAACUCCAAGUAUGUUCCAAGGAUUGUAUGGGUUGAGGCCAAGUUCAAAUAGACUCCCGUAUUGUAAAGUGACCAAUUCAUAUGCCAAUGCGCCGAUCAUUUGUUCGGUGAUUGGCCCCAUGAGUUGGGAUUUGGACGCAUUGGAACUCCUCACCAAGGUGGUACUUGAAGCCAAGCCAUGGUUGAAAGACCCCAAGGUACCCCCGAUCCCCUGGAGAGAUGUCAGGUCGACCUACCCAAAGAAAUUGAGCUUUGCCAUGCUCACGGGGAACGGGUUGGGACGACUUCACCCUCCAAUUGAAAGAGCGCUUAAAUUGGCGCGACAAGCGCUUGAGGCUCAGGGGCAUCAAGUGAUUGAAUGGGCGCCUCCCGUGAGUGUGGUUGAGUGUCGUAAGUUCUCUGCCGGUGUUUUCAGUAGUGAUUCGUACAAGGAGAUUGUUGACGAGUGUAGUAAAUCGGGUGAACCACUCGUCAAGGCCGUGUUUAGUCUUGCUGGAACCUCGGGUGGUUUACCAAAGGGGGUUUCGCACAUCCAUGAGCAUUGGGAUCAAGCCAAGACCAAGUACGAGUACCAACAGCUAGUGGACGCGUACUGGCAGUCUACCGCAUCUGAGACCACCACAGGUCGGCCCGUGGACGCGGUGAUCAUGCCGCAAUGGGAGUCAUGUUCCUUCAAGCCUGACGAUUUGGCGCUUUUCAGCAGAUCGUAUUCGGUGGCAACCAACGUGUUGGACUACGCGUGUGUGGUGACGCCUGUCACAGUGGCAGACAAGUACAUUGACGUUAAGGAUGAGUCGUACAUUCCUCUCAAUGAUCACGACCAGAAGUUGUACGACUACUACGAUGCCGAGCUUUUCGACGGCGUCCCUGCGGGUGUCCAAGUGGUCACCCCAAGAUACGAAGAGGAGAGAGCUCUCUAUCUCUCUAGUGUAUUACGAGACGCUCUUUAA